ACUUGAGACUCUGUAGAUAGCAGAGAUCCUCACAAAAGACCCUGAGAAUUCCAAUGGCGAAGGCAGGUAGUGUAGAUGAAGGAUGCAUAUCUAUUGGACCUUGGGGUACUCUACGGGGUGAACCAUGGGCUUACAAAGCCGACGGCCGUGUAACACACAUAAUUCUUGGCCACGGCGUGGUUAUCGAUUCAAUAUCAUUCCGAGCUGAAAGUUGCGAUGGUUCCACACUUGGAUCUUCUAGUGAUAGAUUUGGUGGUCGCGGUGGUGAACGAACUGAGGUUUGCAUCGGUGGCCCGGGUGAGCAUCUCACAGCCAUAAGCCUGACAUUUGGAGAGUUCGCUAGACAAUCAGUCAUCUGGUCACUCAGUUUUCGUACAAAUGUGACCACCUAUGGGCCAUUCGGUACGAAAUCUGGAACUUCUGUAUCCAUUCCAAUGGAAGGUGGAGUCGUUUCUGGAUUCCAUGGACGUGCUGGGAAUUACCUUAAUGCAAUUGGUUUCUAUCUCGCACCGAAAAUCAGGAGUUUUGGGCAAAUUGGAGGCCAACAAUCUGUGGCAGCCCAUCUACAGCAGACUCCGAGUUCCAUGAAUCUGCUUGUUCAACGAGAUCCGGGACCGUGGGGAGCCCAGCGCGGAAGGCAUUGGGAUGACGGCGUUUUCCUAGCGAUAAAGCAAGUCGUUCUUCGAACAGGAUAUGCAGAAACAGCAGCAAAUUCUGCGAGUACUAGUCAUUUAAAACCAGGAAAUAUUGUGAUUCAGGGAAUACAGUUCGAAUACCUGCAAAGAGAUGGGAAGCACUUUACUUCACCAUGGCACGGCAGCCCUUCCGGAGGUCAAUUGCACAAAAUCGAAUUGGAUUCUGCUGUGGGUGAGGUAAUUGUGGCAAUUGAAGGGUUUUAUGGGCCAGUAAAAGGGUCAGAUGGGUUUGAGGUCAUAACAUCAAUAACCAUGUACACAGACAGAAGAAAGUAUGGUCCGUUUGGUGGGAAUGAGACUGGUACACAUUUCUCGCCGACGCCAUCCGGUGGGAAGGCCGUUGGCUUCUUUGGAAGAAGUGGCACCUAUUUGAAUGCAAUAGGAGUUCACAUGGACUACUCUUGAAGCUUCAUUUCUGCGUCAUCCUCUGUAUAUAUGGUCAAUGUGAUAUAUGAACUAUCUCAUUUUCGGUUUGCUUCGCAAUAUGUUUUAUUUGAGCCUGCAAUAUGCAUGUGCUCGUGUCUAAGUGAUUGAUUGUUUUGGUUGAUCCUUGUAUUGUGCAAUGUAAUCUCUUGUAUUACCUCUAGGCUUUGAACGGAAUUUUUCUUGUUUAAAACCGAAUGAAUCGAUCAUUACACUUUAAAUACAAA